AUGAACAGCUCCCAGCCCGCCCUUUCCGCCGGAGGGAGCCCCGCGGAGCCGUGGGCCGAGGGGGGCGCGGCGCUCGCGGGGGCGCUCCCCUCGCUCUUGGCCGCGGCCGGCGUGGCAAGCCUGGCCGGUAACCUCCUGCUGCUGGCCGUUCUCGCCUACCAGCUCCGCCGAGGAACGGUCUCCGGGGCCCACGCCUUGGCGCUCAACCUGUGCGCCGCGGACCUGACCCUGGCCCUCUACUGCCUGCCGCCCCGCAUCGUCGCCUACGCCCGGGGCUCGUGGCUCCUGGGCGGCUUCCUCUGCAGGACUGCGGACUGGCUGCUACACAGCUGCUUGGUGGCCAAGAGCCUCACCUGGGCGGCGGUGGGCCACGCCCGUCGGAAGGAAGCAGUCUCUGCCCGGCCCGCCUCGCCUUCCCAGGGCCCAGGCAGGAGCUGGGGGCGCCUGGCGGCGGUCCUGGCGUCGCUCUGGGCCGCCGCGUUGCUCCUGCCUCUGCCCCACCUGCUCUUCACCCGGGUGGAGCCCGGACAGCCGCGCGGGCGCCUCUGCUGCGACUUCGCGGCCCCGGCGCGCGCGAGCCGCUUCGUGGACGUCUUCAGCAAGGCCUACCCGCUGCUGGCCUGCCUGGCGCCCUCGGGCUUCGCCUGCUCCUGCUACUGGAGGGCCCUCCGCGGCCCGGGCGCCGGGAAGCCCCGGCUGGCCAAGGCCGGGCGGCAGAAGCGCGAGGGGACGUGGGCGCUGCUGGGUCUCACCCUCCUCUUCCACGCGACCUGGCUGCCGGCCUGGACGGCCUGGCUGUGGAAGCGGCACCGCGCGCUGGGGGAGGGCGGCCCUCCGCCGGCCUUGGCCUUUGCCGCCGACCUGCUGCUGAGCCUCGACGGCGCGCUCGGCCCCGGCCUCUUCCUGCGCAGCGCCGGCGAUUUGCGCCGAGGGCUGCGCCACGUCUGCCGGGCGUUGUGGUGUGGCGGCGGCGGUGGCCAAGAUAGGGAGGGCGCUCGGAGCAGCGGACGGGCGGGCGCCACUCUCCCCGACGUGGAGCAUUUCUGGAAGGACCGGAGGAGCAUCGCCGUCGGGGAAGAGAGUGACCCGGUGCCCUGGGAGCACCAGAGCGACCCGUGA